AUGUUCCGUCCGACGUUUGACACUUUUCGACCGCCGAACAGUGACAGCUCGACUUUCCGUGCCAGCCAAAGCAGGUAUGUUUACAAAGCGAACAGAAUUAAUUCGAGUUCAGUUCACAGCUAA